AUGACGUUACCCAUUGCCACCCACCGCCGCCUCCUUCUCCUCUUCGCGGCGGCUGCCGCCACCCUUCUCCUCCCCCCGGCCUCCUCCGACCUCGCCUCCGACCGUGCCGCCCUCCUCGGCCUCCGCUCCGCGGUGGGCGGUCGCGUCCUUCUCUGGAACCUCUCGAGCGCCAGUCCCUGCGUGUGGCCGGGCGUUAUCUGCUCGCGGGAUAACUCCUCCGUCGUCGAGCUCCACCUCCCGGGGAUGGGCCUAUCCGGACAGCUGCCGCCGAACACCGUCUCAAACAUGACCAAUCUGACCACUCUCAGCCUCCGGUACAACGCCCUCUCCGGCCCCCUUCCGCCGGAUCUCUUCUCCUCGCUCACCUCCCUCCGGAACCUCUACCUGCAGCACAAUUUCUUCACCGGCCAAAUCCCGGACUCAUUCUACUCCCUCACCUCCCUCGUGCGGGUCAAUCUGGCCGAGAACAAUUUCUCCGGCCCGAUUUCACCUUCCAUCCAGAAUCUGACCCGCCUUGGCACGCUUUACCUGCAGGGCAACCAUUUUUCUGGCGGCAUUCCCCAUCUCAACUUGCCGAGCCUCGUUCAAUUCAAUGUGUCCAACAACAACCUCACCGGCGAAAUUCCCAGAGGGCUUUCUGGUCAACCUCGAAGCUCCUUCGCCGGGAAUGCGCUCUGCGGCCAGCCCCUCACUUCUUGUACACCAAAGAAGAAACUCUCAGGCGGAGCAAUUGCCGGAAUAAUAAUCGGCUCCGUGAUAGGUUUUCUCUUGAUCCUUUUGCUCAUUUUCUGCUUGUGUAGGGUAUUAACCAGAAAGGGAUCGAGGUCCAAGGAUGGGGUUGUGGCCAAAGAGAAAGAACUCGAAAUUCCGGCUUCAGUGAGUGGCGGAGGAAAGGAUGGCGGUCUUAGCGGUCUUUUUGCAGCCAAAGAGAAGGAGAAGGAGAAAGAGAAAGGGGAAAGCAGUUUGAUUAGUGGUGGGACAACAAAAGGGUUAGUUUUCUUGGGAAAAUUGGGGUGGAAAUUUGAUCUGGAUGAUCUUCUGAAGGCUUCGGCCGAGGUUCUGGGGAAGGGCACAUUUGGGACGGCGUACAAGGCUGUGAUGGAGAACGGGCUGACGGUGGUUGUUAAGAGGCUGAGGGAUGUUAGCAUGGGUGAGAAGGAGUUUAAGGAGAAAAUGGAGGAAAUCGGGAGGAUUGAUCAUGAGAAUUUGGUGCCUUUGAAGGCUUAUCACUAUACUUGGGAUGAGAAGCUACUGGUGUAUGAUCACUUGCCGAUGGGGAGCUUGUCUGCUCUAUUACACGGGAACAAGGGCGCCAGCCGGACCCCACUAAACUGGGAAACCCGGGCUGCCAUCGCUCUGGGAGCCUCCCGAGGGAUUGCCCACCUCCACUUGCAGGGGCCCACCAUCUCCCAUGGCAACAUCAAGUCGUCCAACGUCCUCCUCACCAAUUCCUACGAGGCCCGGGUCUCGGAUUUCGGGCUCGCCCAGCUGUCGGGCCCUGCAGCAUCCCCAAACAGGGUUGCGGGCUACCGGGCCCCAGAGGUGACAGACCCACGCAAGGUGUCCCAGCGGGCUGACGUGUACAGCUUUGGGGUGCUGCUGCUGGAGCUGCUGACGGGGAAAGCGCCAACCCAGUCGGUGGCCAAUGAGGAUGGGGUGGACCUGCCGAGAUGGGUCCAGUCGGUGGUGCGUGAAGAGUGGACGGCCGAGGUGUUUGACCUGGAGCUCCUCCGGUACCAGAGCGUGGAGGAGGACAUGGUCCAGCUCCUCCAGCUGGCGGUCGACUGCACUGCCCAGUACCCGGACCGCCGGCCUCACAUGGCAGAGGUCGUUUCCAGGAUUGAGGAAAUCUGCCGCCCGGGUCACUCGGACGGUGCUGACGAGAUCGUAGGUCUGGAAGAGAAGUCGAAUGGGGUGGGGCCCAUGGAAAACUAG